AUGAGCCCUCCGAUUCAGCCUCCUCCUUCCUUUCCGAAAGCUCAAGUCACUGCUUUUGAUCCGAGUGUGGUUCGAUUUCCCAAAUCUGAACAUGAAGUGUUGGGAUCUUUGGAUCAUUAUUUGAAUACUCUCUCGAGGUCGGGAAUUAAUUCUCCCAUAGCAACGGACAGGUCUUUGGCAUCGAGGGAGAGUGCCAAUAUUGAAGCGGAAAAGAAAUUGAAAAAAAAUAGAAAACAACCAUUGGAUUUUAACGCGAUUCAUGAGGAUAAAGCAAUUGGAAGACAAUUUUUGCAAGAAAAAGCCCUUCGGAAAUAUGAAGAUUAUUUGAAAAUAUGGAAUUCGAUCGAAGAUCGAAUUUGUACAAGAUUAGACAAGCCCAAGAAAGAUUUAAUAAUGGAAAGUCAUGAAAAAUAUCGAUUAAAGCGAGAGGAAAUUGAUUUUCUGGAAGCGUCACUUCCUGUCGAAAAGAGACACAAUGAAUGGAGUUGGGAGCUUUCUCUGAGAAAGGCUCCUGAGGAUGACGGUGUGAGAUAUGUACAAAUUGGUUGGUAUCCAUAUCCAUUGUUUUGCCCAAUUAUUGAACCAAAAGUAAGAAGACCCGCCACAGUUCGAAAUCCCAAUAAGGUUGGGAUGAUAAGUGAAAAUACGUCACUAGGUAUUCGAACUCUCAGCUCAGACUAUGUCAAAAAAAAGUAUGGAGAAAUUUUGAGCAAAACCUUUAAACAUGAUCCAGCCCCAGAACUUGAGGAACUAAAAAUUCAAGGAAAAGCAUUCACAGCGAAAUAUCAAACCUUUGAUGUUGAAGAGGAAUUCUCACGAAAUAUUCAUUCCAUUCAUAAUGAGGAUAUUAUUGAGGAUGAUCAUGAAACAUUUGAAGACACCUCCAAUGUUCCUUCCUUUUCUCUCUCAGAGAAUGAUAUUUUGUUUGAUUGUACACCCAAUAAGCAAUGUAAAAAAGAGGUAAUUCUUGAAAAUACUGGUUGCUGUGCGUUGCGAUUCAAGUGGGUGAAUCUGGAACCUGUCACUGAUUUGCAACGAAUUCGAGCAGCAUCAAAAUUUUUGCUGACCGAUGAAAAGAGUGGAAUAUUACUUCCUAACACCAAGAAAAGUUUUACAUUCUCAUUUGAAUCGGAUAUUGAGGGAAUUUUUACAGAUGGUUUUCGUCUUGAGACUAUUCCAAAGGCAUUUACUGAUUGCGAUCGAGUGUUACUGAAAGGUGUUGUUAUUGCCAAUGAUAAGGAGUUUGAUCCAUCAGAAUAUGAAGUAUUUAAAAGUAGCGAGAGUUCAGCAGUGUGUGACAAUGAUCAUUCUGUGGAAAUCUUAAAUUCUUCCUCACCAAAUGACAAGCUCGAUCAUCUGUCGGACCACAGAGAUGAAAUGAGAAAAAUCAAAAGUGACUUGUUGCGAGAAAAAUUUGUUGAGCGCAAUAAGGAUCUUAUUAGUCAAGAAUUUCACCUCUCUGUCAUUUCAGAAGACUUACUUCAGGCCUUUUACUGUUUGUACAUGAAUGCUCAGUCAAUUGUGUUGAAUCAGAGUUCACAAUCCUCAAAGUUGCCCAACACCACAUGGGAUUAUUCAAUUUUUGCUCUUCGAACCCUAAUUCAGCAAAUUCAGGACGAAAGUAUGCGUCAUGGACUAUUGAGUGUCAUGCUGCAACUCGUACGAGUUCUGGAAAAGGAACAACUUGAAAGUAUUGAAAACGAAACACGUAAUUUAGAAAGCAAGAUUAGACAAUCGAUCAUGUAUGAACAGUUCGUAGAGGCCAUUGACGAAUUUCUGGACACUGCUACCUUUUUACAGGACUCCAUGUUGAAUGUAUCGAACGAUCCAAAAAAGAUCAACAAAGAAGACACGUCAGAGGCCAAGAAGAAUUAUUUGAAAAAUUUAACCCAUCAAACGUUCACCAUUGUUGGAAAUACCAUUUCAAGGGUUGAAACUUUGUGGAAACAAUAUUUGGAAAAUAAUUCAAAACUUUUCACAAACAAGAAAGACGAUAAUCAUUAA